GACUUCGCCAGCGCUUGGGCAACGUACGACGCCAAAGUGGGCAACGCAACCCACUGCCUGCAGGUCUCGGCGGCGCAGGGGGAGAGGAGCAGGCAAAAGGACUUGAUGAGGCCCGUUAUGAACGUCGUUGACGCGAGUGCGAAGGCCGGGCUGGACGACCGCACGCCCGUUCGCAUCCAGUCCUGCGGAGGCCCGGGCGCCGGGGCCUUCACGCUGCUGCCCACGGCGCCAGAGCAAAGGAUGGCGGCCGACCUGUGCUGGCUGUCUUUGCGGAUGCGCCUCCAGAAUGUGGGGCCGUGGCUACUGAGGGGUCACGCAUUGCAGAUUCAUUGUCGGGACAUGUCCCGUGACGGGGUUAUUUGCUUGUGGAUGCAUGACCCCGACCAACAUCACGCCAUCGCGUGCGAAACGGGGCCCGCCCGUAGUGCGCGGCACAACAGGAUUCGCGACUUGCUGGCGCGCUGGCUGGCCAAGAGG